AUGAGUGGUGAGAUGAUUGAGAGUGCUAAAAGAAGCGGGAAGAUUGAUGUUGGAGAGAAUAACAGAAGAAAGGUAGUGGCUAAUCAACAUGGUUCAUCAAAACAGGAAUCUGGUGCGAGGCCAAGUAUUGAGAGGCCCCAGUUCACACCAAUUCCAAUGUCAUAUAAGGAGUUGUAUCAGAAUUUAUUCAACACACACGUUGUUGCCCCUUUUUACUUGACCCCUUUACAGCCUCCGUAUCCCAAAUGGUAUGACGCGAAUGCCCAAUGCGAUUACCAUGCAGGAAUAACGGGGUAUUCCAUAGAACAUUGUAUAACUUUCAAAAGGCUUGUUGAGAAGCUCAUCAAUAUGGGUGUUGUCAAGGUAGAUGAUGCAUCUGGUACAGGAAAUCCAUUACCCAAUCACACUGAUAGUGGGGUAAACAUGAUGAGUGAAAAUGUGGGAAGAAGGGUCAAUGAGAGCGUUGCUAAAAUAAAAAUCCCUUUGAUGUGGAUUUGGAAGGAAAUUGUGAGAAGAGGGUUAAUUGUCUCGGGUUCAGAAGGAUGUUGUGAGAUCCCUGAUUAUUGUGAGUUCCAUCAUGAGGUGGGACACGAAAUUCAGAAAUAUGGAGAAUUCAAAGCUCUGGUCCAGAGUAUGAUGGAUAAUAGAGAGGUGAAAUAUUUUGAAGAGGUUAAUGAGGCUAGGGUACAGGUGACACCGAAGAUUGUAAUUCAGAAGCUAGCAAAGUUCUCAUAUAAGGAUAGCAAUAAGGUCCCCUGGAAUUAUGAGUGCGACGUAACAGUUUCGGGAAAAGAAGCUUCAGUUAGUGUUGCAAAAGAAAACCAAAAAAUAGGUUCUUAUACGAAUACUGAGAAGCACUGUGGUUGGAUAAAUUCCCAAGCAGAGUCAGCGGAGGGGAAAGUUUUUGCGGCAGAGCAAAAAGAAGAGAAGACAGUUGAAUCUAGGCCAUUGAUUAAUGAGCCAAUAAAGGAGGAAGAAGCCACUGAAUUUUUGAAAUUUCUGAAACACAGUGAGUAUAGUGUGGUAGAGCAGCUGCAUAAGCAACCAGCUAGUAUAUCUGUGUUACCUUUGCUCAUGAGUUUAGAGGUGCAUCGAAAUGCAUUAAUGAAAGUGUUGAAUGAAACAUAUGUGGCUAAUGAUAUUUCUGUUAGCAAGUUGGAUCUGUUGGUUAACAAUAUAAGCGCCGACAAUUUUAACUUUUUCAAUGAUAACGAAAUACCAUCUGGAGGUAUGGGGUCUACUAAAGCUCUGCUACCUGUGGAUAGUUCACAUAUGAAAAUGUGUCAAAAUGUAGCAAGGGCAUUCGAUGGAACAGAAAGGAAGGUUAUGGGGAGAAUUGAGAUACCAUUGCAAAUUGGCCCAAGUACUUAUGAAGUGGAUUUCAUUGUAAUGGACAUCAAGCCUUCCUAUAACUGCUUGUUAGGGAGACCUUGGAUACACUCGGCAGGGGCUGUGCCUUCAUCAUUACAUCAGAAGUUAAAGUUAGUGUCAGAGGGAUAG